AUGGAAUUUGGUCAAAUGCUUUGGAUGCUGGUAUCUUAUGCAAGCAUUACCAUUCUCUCUUUGGUGUUUGCAUGGACAAUUUAUUAUGAUAUUACCAGGACACACAUUCCUCCAGGAAUCAAGCAACGUUUGAAACUACGACUUUUUAAUUUGUCAAUAAAUGUCGGUUUUGGACUGGCACAGUUUCUGGAGAAGCUUGGCAUUUGCCCUAAACAUAAAGCUAUCAGGUUUAUUAUGGAUUUAGUACUACCAGUGAUAUCCUCAAAGACGAUCAUCAAGGAUCUGGUGUUUGAUGAGGUGCCAGUGAGGGUGUAUUGGCCCAGAACACCAACUACCGAUAAGAGACGAGCAAUGAUCUACUUUUAUGGAGGAGUUGGCGUGUUUGGAAGCUUAAAAACUCAUGGUUGGUUGUGCAACUACAUUGCCAGAAGGAGUGGUUCUGUGGUUGUGUGUGUUAGAUUUCGGUGUGCUCCGGAGCAUCCAUACCCAGUGCCAGUUCUGGACUGUCGCACUGCUACUAUACACCUGUUGAAGAACGCUGAGCGAUAUGGAGUGGACCCCAACCGCAUCAUCGUUGGUGGGGACAGUAGCGGAGGCACCUUUGCUGCUGCAGUUUGUCAAGAACUGGUGACAAGGAAGGAUCUCCCAAGGGUCCGAGCCCAGGUCCUUAUCUACCCAUUCCUUCAAGCAGUGGACUUCAAUUUGCCUUCUUAUCAGCAAAACCAUUCAGUUCCCAUCUCAUUCAAGAAACGAAUAGUCCAAUUAGGCUUGUUGUAUCUCAUUGGGAGAAAUAUCAAAGUGGAUGGAAUUAUGUUAAGUGCCCAUGUUCCGGAGGAGUUGAGGGUGAAGUACAGAAAGUGGGUUAGUGCAGAUAUCAUUCCAGAAGAAUUUAAGGUCAGGGGUUAUGUGCCACCAGUGCUUGCUCCAUUUUCAAAAGAACUUUAUGAAAUAGGGAAGCAAGCCUUUGAGCCCAUGUUUUCCCCACUUUUAGCAGAAGAUACUGUCAUCUGCCAGCUCCCUGAUACAUUCAUUUUAACCUGCGAAUAUGACGUUCUCAGGGAUGAUGGACUGUUGUAUAAGAAACGCCUGGAGGACAAUGGUGUGCCAGUGACAUGGCAUCAUGUGAAGGAUGGGUUCCAUAGUAUAUCCAUGUAUGUUGAUUAUGGGCCUCUUGAAUUUCCAAGCUCACGGAGCAGUUGUAAACGUAUAGUACAUUUUUUAGAGCAUUUAUAG